CAACCAUACUGCUGUAUGUCUUUAUAUAUCUUCACAAACAUCUACUUUGUUGCUUUGUUUGGUGUCCCUGCCAGGUCUUUGAAUUUCACUUAAGGAGGAAAUAAACUGGGCUGAAACACAGUCAAUAAAAUGAUUGAAUGUGUCUUACAAUCAGCUCUACGUCUGUGUUUUCUCUGAUUUCAGGUCAGUGUUACUUCAUCUCAUGUCAACUCUACCAGUACCACUAUGUUGAAGAUACAAAGACCUGGACAGAAGCUCAGGAGUACUGCAGAAAAAAAUACACUGAUCUGGCCACAGUGUCUAACAUGACAGACAUGAAGAGACUCCUUGAAGAAUCUACAGGGAAUCAAACUGAAGCCUGGAUUGGACUGAACAACAGAACAGAUGUCACCAGGACAUGGCACUGGUCUCUACCUGGAGUGGAGUUUAAAGAUGAUGGAACAAGAUGGGAUGUUGUUUACUCCACAGAAAGUGGAUCCAAAAAGAUCCAUUUCAUUGAAGAAGAGAAGAACUGGAUUGAUGCUCAGAAAUACUGCAGAGAUCAUCACACAGACCUGGUCAGUGGAUUGAACCAGUUGGAUCAAGUAAAACUCAGUGAUGGCAAAGACUAUUGGAUCGGCCUGUUCAGAGACACCUGGAGGUGGUCAGAUGGGAGCAGUUCCUCUUUCAGACACUGGAAUGAGACUCUGUCACCAGGAGACAAAUGUGCAGUGACCAUGUUGAAUGAAGAACAAGGAAGAUGGAAGAACGCCAACUGUGAGGACCAAAACCCUUUCUUCUGUUAUGAUGAUAACGUGAUCCUGAUCAAAGAAAAUAAGACCUGGGAGGAAGCCUUGUAUUACUGCAGAGACAACUACAAUGACCUGGUCUCCAUCACUAACCUUGAUGAACAGAGAUGGGUUCAAGAGAGAGCCAAGAACGCCUCAACUCCUUUUGUCUGGCUGGGACUGCGUUACUCCUGCUUUCUGGAUUUCUGGUUCUGGGUCAGUGAUGAGGUAGUCGGCUAUAAGAACUGGGCCUCAGAUGUAAGUAAUGACUGUGACAUGUCUGGAGCCAUGGACACAGGAGGAGAACAUCAGUGGGUCACAAAACAAGAUAACGAGACGUUUAAUUUCAUCUGUUCUAAGUCUUAGACUCACUGAUAACUGUCUCUUUAUUCAUAUACUCUGAAUGUUGGUUGUGUAUUAAACGUAUUCUUUCCAUCUGUCUUGAAUGGUGAAGUGGGAAAUGUAGGAAUCCUAACGUGAAAUGUGUAAAAGCUGUCUUCAGAUUGUGAGAGGAAGAAGCUCCACUAUAGUUAGUUGUAAAGUAGUGCAGCUUUACUGUGGAUGUUUAAAGUGGAAUAAGUGGAUAAUGUGAUGUGAUGAUGUUAACACAAUUAUCAUGGAACUGGUGCAGAAACACCUCUAAGACUCCAGGUGUCA